AGGGCUUUGAAAAUCGGCGCUGUAGAGGAUUUUCGUAAUUAUGUCUAGACCAACGUCGUGUAAGGAGGCGAUCCAGCGAUGGGAGGACAAAACUGGAGGGCAGGCCAGCGAGCAAACGGAGAUGUAUUUGAAUUUUCAGUGGCCUCCAAUUGACAAGAUGGACAACAGUUUGGGGACUCUGGUUAUGGUCGAAAAACUAUCGCUCUCAACAAACAUGAUUGAGAAGAUAUCCGGAAUAAAUUCGUUGAAGAAUUUGAGGGUCCUUUCCCUAGGACGCAACUACAUUAAAACGUUUUCUGGACUUGAAACGGUUGGCGAGCAUCUAGAGGAACUUUGGAUCUCUUAUAACUUGAUAGAAAAAAUUAAGGGAGUCAACGUGCUCAAGGCAUUGAAGGUUUUGUACAUGGCGAAUAAUUUGGUUAAGGACUGGUCAGAAUUCAAUAGACUUCAGGAAAUACCAAAUCUGCAAAAUUUGCUAUUCGUGAAUAACCCGAUAUGUGAAAAUAUGGAUGUUGAAACUUGGCGUGCUCAAGUUAGCCGGCGAUUACCAGCUCUAAAGAUACUUGACGCCGUUCCUAUCGUGCAAGCAGGAGUCGAGUGAUACAUACAAGAUUUGAAAAACAGUCGAUGUUCCGCACAAAUUCAGCUGUUUCAAUACUAUAAGGCUGCUUUAUGUUUUCUGAA